AGUUUGUCAAACUGAAUGACAAAACAGAAGUCUAUUUGUUAAAAGUAUUUUAAUGUGCAUAAAAGUUUAGCCUUUUAGGACGUUUUAUGCCCAUUUACUUUGUUUAUUAUGAAUUUAAUGGAUUCUUUUGUGCAGUAACUUAACGACGGAUUCAAUAACAUAGAUCCAUCUUAAUUCCUUGUCUUCAAGUUUGAUAUGAUCGUCGCUGUGGUACUGUGAUAGAGAGGUUGCUGCCAGGAGUUACUGUCAUGGAUUAUCCUUGCUUCCAUGAAAUUGAACGACUUACAAGUGACACAAUAGAAAACAAGUGAUUGUGGUAAUAGGCAUAAAAGUGUGUUGGUGUGCCCCAGCAGGUACUUUGUAGUGGAGCCACCAGGCUAUGGCCAACCUGAACUUUGAGCAACCGCCACGCAGUAUUGCGAACGCAAGUCUUACAUCACGUGCGGGUGGUGGUGGGGGUUUAAAUUCAUCGACCCUGACGGGCCAUGUUACACCUACCUCGGGCAUGUUCUCAGGCUCAUCUACAAGCACGUCAAGUUCGGCUAAUUCUGCGGUAGUAAUUACUAACGUUUACCCCGGAGCAUCGGGUGCAGGUGGUGGACAAGCUAAUCAUCAACCUCAGCAGCAACAGCUCUCUCCUAUGGGCAGCAGGGGACUGUUUGGGCAGAGAGCUUUCACAGAUAGACGUACGAUGCCUGCUCUUGGAACCUCAAAUCCAAUGGGUAGCAUGGGCACUUUUGGAAUACCGCAAAGUCGUAAUUACGGAUCUCAGGGACAAAUUAAUAAUUUUCACUCUGUUUUCGGCAGUGGAGGAGGUGGAGAUACAAGUACUCCUCCAUUGUUGGAUCUGUCCGAGUUUCCUUCAUUAACAAACAGAGGACAGGGUGAUUCUAUGCCGCAACCUAGUCCUAUGCCAGGAAAACAACCUUAUGUUGGAAUGGUAAAACAACCGACGUCCGAAUCAAGCGAGUUUACUAUGAGUUCUGAAGAUUUCCCAGCAUUACCAGGAACACAAAAUAGAGAAGGACCAUCACCAGGUGGAAGCAUAUCUGGUGAUAAGAGCAUACCUGUCGGACUUGGCCCUGAAAUUGGGCAAGACGUCCUGCAGGCGAAUAGAGCACCUGGAUCUGAAAAGUCUCAAUCAUCUAAAAGAGGCAUACAAACAUCUCCUGAUGGUAAAGUAACUAAUAUACCAGCAAGUAUGGUUAAGGAUCAGUUUGGAAUGGUUGGACUUUUAACGUUUAUUAGGGCAGCAGAAACAGAUCCUAAUUUAGUAUCUUUGGCAUUAGGCCAAGACUUAACAGCGUUAGGAUUAAAUCUUAAUUCGCCAGAAAAUCUUUAUCAAAAUUUUGGUGGGCCUUGGGCUGAAACACCGUGUCGACCUCAAGAUAUUGAUUUUCACGUGCCACCGGAAUAUCUCAUUAAUGCCGCUAUCAGAGAUAAAUUAGCGCCGGUUAAGUUAAAUCGGUACAAGGAUGAUCUACUAUUUUAUAUGUUUUAUACAAAUGUUGGGGAUAUGCUGCAAUUAGCAGCGGCAGCGGAGUUGUACAGUAGGGAGUGGCGAUAUCAUAUGGAAGAAAAGGUAUGGAUAACGCAAGCACCAGGAUUAGGGCUUGUAGAAAAAACUUCAACAUAUGAACGUGGUACUUAUUAUUAUUUUGAUGCGCAAAGUUGGAGAAAAGUAGCAAAGGAAUUUCAUUUGGAUUAUACAAAACUAGAAAGUAGACCUCAUCUUCCCACAAACUUUCACCAAACCCAGCCUUGACUACAGAUCUACUUGCAGACUAUUGUGCUGCCUUUAAGCUGAACAAGAAACAGCUAUUGUAUAAAUGAACAAAUUUAAUAAUCUUUAAUAAAAACAUAAAAUUUGAAGAGUAACAGAAACGAAGUUCUUUAAUUAACUGCUCAUAGUUAGAAACGGGAAUGAGCCUGAUAAAAUCAUAUUGUGAAGAGUAUAAAACUUGUCAUAAUGUAUAUGCAUAAGCAUUCCCAGUAAAGUGAGCCUCAU